AGCUUGUCACAGAGAAAACACUUUCCCUCGCUCAGUUCACACACACACACCCGUCAGUCUACACACCUGUCUGUCUUUACCUAUACUCUCAGCUGCUCUCAUUCUACCUGUGUGGGAUUCUCUAUCGUUUGGGAGACCGUCUGUGGAUACAGUACCCAGUGAAAGUAGGGAGCUAGGAAUCACAGGAACCAGACUGGGAGCCAGUUAGAGGAAUCACAGGAACCAGACUGGGAGCCAGUGGAGGAAUCACAGGAACCAGACUGGGAGCCAGUGGAGGAAUCACAGGAACCAGACUGGGAGCCAGUUAGAGGAAUCACAGGAACCAGACUGGGAGCCAGUGGAGGAAUCACAGGAACCAGACUGGGAGCCAGUGGAGGAAUCACAGGAACCAGACUGGGAGCCAGUUAGAGGAAUCACAGGAACCAGACUGGGAGCCAGUGGAGGAAUCACAGGAACCAGACUGGGAGCCGGUUAGAGGAAUCACAGGAACCAGAUUGGGAGCCAGUGGAGGAAUCACAGGAAUCAGAUUGGGAGCCGGUUAGAGGAAUCACAGGAACCAGAUUGGGAGCCAGUUAGAGGAAUCACAGGAACCAGAUUGGGAGCCAGUGGAGGAAUCACAGGAACCAGAUUACAACCACCUACUAUGUCAAAAGAGGGGGAAAGAGCAUCAGUGUUGAAGACCACUAAGGUUCGGACCAAGCUGAAAGGAGAUGGCAGCUGGAUGCAGAGACUCGGUGAACCCCAGUCUGAAACAGAGGAGGAGAAACCAUGGAUAGCAGAAGUCAGAGUGAAUCGACUGAAUGGAGCCCCUAUAGACACCAGCCCAGUGUCCUCUCCCACCUCCAAGACCCCUCCCUCCCCCACCAGACCUGCAGAAGACGGAACACCGUCUCCAGGAUACCUUAUCAGAGGGAUUUUCACCAAGACAGACACCAAGCCUGCUGCCACCUCAUCUACCUUCAAUAGCUUGAGUGUGUCAACAUCCAGCUUCACCAAGAGGCCUUCAGAGAGCUACAAGAAAAUAGCUCCUCACACAGUGCGUCCCACCUCAAACCUCCCAGUUCAAACUGAGGACCAGCUUUCCCCAGAGGAGAAGGAGAAACGGGAGGAAGCAGCCAUGGAUGUGCUCAGGACUUCUUCAGCCCGACAACGCUCCUAUGUCCUCUCAGCUGCCAAGAAAUACGAUUCUACAGAGAAACCACUAGAAACCUCCCUGACCCCAGAUGUUUCAUCUUUUGUGGCUAAAAGGGUGGUGAUCACAGACAAUGACGACUCUGUCUUCACUGAGACUCCCUCUGUCCCCAAAGAACCAGCUGCUCCAUCUGUGAAAGACGUCUCUCCUGUCUCUCUGAAAGACGUCUCUCCUGUCUCUGUGAAAGAUGUCUCUCCUGUCUCUGUGAAAGCUGUCUCUCCUGUCUCCCUGAAAGACGUCUCUCCUGUAUCUGUGAAAGAUGUCUCUUCUGUCUCUGUGAAAGAUGUCUCUCCUGUCUCUGUGAAAACGGUCUCUCCUGUCUCUCUGAAAGACGUCUCUCCUGUCUCUCUGAAAGACGUCUCUCCUGUCUCUCUGAAAGACGUCUCUCCUGUCUCUGUGAAAGACGUCUCUCCUGUCUCUGUGAAAGAUGUCUCUCCUGUCUCUGUGAAAGCUGUCUCUCCUGUCUCCGUGAAAGACAUCUCUCCUGUAUCUGUGAAAGAUGUCUCUUCUGUCUCUGUGAAAGCUGUCUCUCCUGUCUCUGUGAAAGACGUCUCUCCUGUUUCUGUGAAAGACGUCUCUCCUGUCUCUGUGAAAGCUGUCUCUCCUGUCUCUGUGAAAGCUGUCUCUCCUGUCUCUGUGAAAGCUGUCUCUCCUGUCUCUGUGAAAGCUGUCUCUCCUGUCUCUGUGAAAGACGUCUCUCCUGUAUCUGUGAAAGACGUCUCUCCUGUCUCUGUGAAAGACGUCUCUCCUUUCUCUGUGAAAGCUGUCUCGCCUGUCUCUGUGAAAGCUGUCUCUCCUGUCUCUGUGAAAGACGUCUCUCCUGUAUCUGUGAAAGACGUCUCUCCUGUCUCUGUGAAAGACGUCUCUCCUGUCUCUGUGAAAGUUGUCUCUCCUGUCUCUGUGAAAGACGUCUCUCCUGUAUCUGUGAAAGCUGUCUCUCCUGUCUCUGUGAAAGAUGUUUCUCCUGUCUCUGUGAAAGAUGUUUCUCCUGUUUCUGUGAAAGACGUCUCUCCUGUUUCUGUGAAAGUUGUCUCUCCUGUUUCUGUGAAAGACAUCUCUCCUGUCUCUGUGAAAGCUGUCUCUCCUGUCUCUGUGAAAGACUUCUCUCCUAUAUCUGUGAAAGACGUCCUCCUUCCAGCCCCCGUCAUAGUUGACACCCCAGCAGUGAUUGGCCCUUAUGAGGGCAUGAAGCCAGGGUGUACCAAAAUGGCUACUCCACUUCCUGAGUUGAAAGUUGAGGUGAUGAAAAAACUGUCCCCAGAGAGUGGUGUCCCGCUGAAAGACGUCCCCCCAGUCCCCUCUGUAUUAGUGUCCCCUGUCCCAUAUAACCCAGUGAAGAAGAAUCCUGCCCCAGUGGACACACUGACAGCCCUGUCUGACACACUCAUCUCCUUCGACACAGGGUCAUCCAGAGUGCAUGGUGAGCCGAUCCCUCAGCUCAUGACUGAUGAUCUCCUCUCUCUCACUAACGGUCUAGAACAGGAGUUGGUAAAGCCCAUCCCUCCCAUCCCAGGAUCUUGGAGUCAGGAGCUUCUCUAUGGAUCAGACAGGCUCAGUUAUGCCGAGUCCGAAGAGGAGGAGCCGAGAGACGAGAAGCCAGAGGACACACACAGAGAUAUUGACAGUCCGACCCCUAGUACUGACUCCAGUGUGAAUGAAAAUGUGUUGGAGGACCUUGAAGAUGACUUUAUCCCCAUCAACACGAACACAACAAGACAUACAUGGAAGAGGUCCUGGGACGUCAACCCUAUCACUACCACAGACAAGAGUGAGGAGGAGGAGCCUGAGGAGCAGGAUCCACAGGUGUCCCUGGUUACGGUUCAGAAACAGUCAUCUGACAGUGAAUCACCAUGGGAUAGAUGGAGUGCACCAACUGUCUAUAAAGAGAAGAGAGACCCAGAGCCUUCAAUGGACCGUUCUAGCUCCUACUCCAGGACCUUGGACAGUUCUGCCAACCAGAGACCCACGUCACCAGACACCGAGUCCAAGAAGGGUUUUGUGUACCUGAAGGAGUACGUGAACGCUACAGACCUAACCAAGCACAACACCAGAGACAACGUUUCUGACUAUGUAACGUCUAGUUCUACCAGCCAUUCCUACAGCAGCCCCUCCUCUUACACCAGGACUACCACGACGUCUGCCUGUACGUACUGUGGAGAGCAGGUGGGCAACGAUGCCAAGAUCACCAUCGAGCACCUCAACAUCUCCUGCCACCCAGCCUGCUUCAAGUGUGGUGUUUGCAGUAAGCCAAUGGGAGACUUUCUGUACAACAUGUUCCUGCACAAAGGGACAGUCCACUGUGAGAGCUGCUACUCCAACGUCUUGUAGAUUGCUUCUUCCCCUCGUCUCCUCGUCUCUUUUCCUUCAUGGCCACAGAGGUGACAAGGCUGGAUGGCUGAUAUAACUGCUCUCUCCUAUCAAGACCUGUCUUCUGCUAACAGACAGGGAACACUGCACCUUUUAAUUUGACAGGAAUUUCUAUGUGUCACAUUUUGUUUUCAGACCUUUGUUUGGGUCCUACUGAAUUGAAUGAGGUUAACACUGAAAUACUAUGGGACUUAUUCUAUGGUUUAGGGUUGGUAAAGAUAAUAAUAUGAUCAUAUUACUGAUAUAGUUUAAUCUUCCGUCCGUUUCAAUGUCCACUUUUUUUGUUGCCUUUUUCUCCUUAAAGGCCCAGUGCAGUCAAAAACAUGAUUUCCUGUGUUUUAUAUUUCCACACUAUGAGGUUGGAAAAAUACUGUGAAAUUGUGAAAAUUAUGAUAAUUCCCUUUUAGUGUUUGAAAAGACCACCUGAAAUUUCUGCCUGUUCUGGUGGGAUGGAGUUUAGGACUGUCUGGUGACAUCAACAGGCUGUAUACGUUAUUAAUAGACCAGUAACAAAUAGAGUUUCAAACCUCUCUGCGAAUAACAGCUAGUUUUCAUGUGAGAUAUCCCUCCCAUUAGGCUCGUCCAGUUAGGACUCAGACCACUCCCAGACAGUCCGAGCUAAAUUCUUGCUUGAGAAAUUGCUCGUUGCUAAGAAGCCAUUUCUAUUUUAUUUUAGACCAUCUUAACUGAAAACAAUCACAGUAAGAUACUUAAUUGUUACCCAGAAAUGAUUUGAUAUCAAGAUAAAAAUGGCUGCAUUGUGCCUUUAAUGUUGUAACUUGGUGAAUGUAUUGUGAAAUAUGAAGAUACUGUAUGUAAAAGUCUCUAAAUAUUAUAACGUAAUGACAAGAUUUAACUGGGAACUGGAUAUGUAGAUUGGCAGUUGGGUACAAUUUUCUACUUUCAGUCUUGACUAUGCAAAGAAAAUAACUACAGAUUUUCGAUCAAAUUUUUAUUUUUUAAAUUGUUUUUGACGCUUUGACUCCGAAAAACAAUAAAAUUGAUUUAUAUAAACAUGAUAAAUAUAGAGUAUAAAAAAAUGUUGUACAUUAUUGAGUGUUGAAAAGACAAGUAUUGGCGACAGGUUUGAGAUAACAAAACAUUACUGUAACUUGGACACACAUUAGGCCCUUUUGUGCCACAGAUGAGGCUAC